CGCCCUAUGAGCUCAACGCAUGCGCCGAUGCAUCUGUGUUGCCGGACCCAUCACUACUGCAGCUGAGGUUGGGAUCUUCAGCGGAUUUCUGGACAGCUUUGCCUCCACGGGGGGCGCUCGUUUCGUUCUCCCCCCGGCCGGCGCGGUGGACUACAACUCGGCGAGCGGACUGGUGAUGAUGGGGGGCUCGGCGGGGCAGCACCUGAUGUCAUCCGAACGCCUGUCCCGGAGCUUGGCGGACCUCAGCCACCUGAAGGGGAUCCUGCGGCGGCGGCAGCUCUACUGCAGGACCGGCUUCCACCUGGAGAUCCACCCCGAUGGCACCGUGCAGGGAACCAGGAAGGACCACAGCAGAUUCGGUAUUUUGGAGUUCAUCAGUCUGGCGGUGGGACUGGUCAGCAUCAGAGGUGUGGACAGUGGCCUUUACCUCGCCAUGAACAGCAAGGGGGAACUGUAUGGCUCGGAGAAGCUGUCGGCAGAAAGCGUUUUCCGAGAGCAAUUUGAAGAGAACUGGUACAACACGUACUCAUCCAACAUUUACAGGCACGGAGAAAAAGGAGCGUUUUACUUUGUCGCACUUAAUAAAGACGGCACACGGCGGGACGGCACCAGAUCGCGGCGGCAUCAGAGAUUCACGCACUUCCUGCCGAGGCCUGUAGAUCCAGACCGAGUACCAGAACUAUACAGGGAUAUACUGGGCCAGAGCUGAAGCUUAACCGACUGAACUAAAACGAGCGAUUCACACGCAUCAAAAACUGCCCCUUUUUUUAGCGGGCAAUGGAUGAUCCAAAAGUGAUCACAAGAAAUGCACCAGAUCCAAAUCCCAAAUUGCUGGUAGGAUAAACGACCCUCGUUGAACCAGUUUUACAAGGGAGUUUGACGGAAAAGCACCAGGGAUCUUCUGCGGAUGAUGCAACAGAAACAGACCCCCCCCCCCCAUUAUCCCUUUAUUGGCAUAUGCAGUGGCGCCAGCAGCCAAGGCGGAUUUCCCUUGAGUCUCCAACUACCUGCUUGUCCAAAUCUGCAUGUUUAAGUGAACAAAGACAAAAUGAUUAACAAGCAGCUGCUUUGCCUUUUCUGUUUUUCGUUGUAGGCUCUUUUCGGUGAUGCUAAACGCUAAAAGGCUGCUAAGUCAAACCAGUUCUGAAAAAUGCAUCAUGUGCUAUACAGUAUUGCUGGUUUACAGGAGAAAAAAAGGUAGUUUUAUGCACUGAAAAGCAGCCAUGUUUGCUCUGUACGGCGCUGAAUGCUGAUGCUAAUUUUUUUUUAUUAAGGAAUAAGAGAAAAAGAGGACUUUUUCUGUGGUGGGUGUGUUCCGUCUACUGAACUCUCAUCUGUAGGACCCAGUGAAGGAAGGGUGUUGUUUUUUCACUGGUGGCAGUUAAAUGAUGAGCACAGGAUUGACAAGGACUGCACAGACCUGUUGACAGAUUUUAAUCUUAUUUAUGAUGCUCUCAUUCAUGGGACGCACAGUAUAUUUAUUUCAUAUAUUUAUUUAUUUUGAGAAUAUAU